AUGAUUCUUGGCUGCGUCAUUUAUCCCAAUGGCUGGGAUCAUCACGUGGUACGGCGUAUUUGUGGCCAGAACGCAGAUAAGUUCCAAUUAGACCGUUGUGGUAUCCGGUGGGCAUAUAUUUUAGCCAUCAUCCUCAUUUUCGAUGCCAUUAUCCUCGCAGUGUUGGCCUUCGUGCUCGCUUCCAAACAGGCCAAAUUGCUGCCUGACAUCUACGAGAAUAAACCCCUUCAUUAUCUAUCUAUCUAUCUAUCUAUCUAUCUAUCUAUCUAUCUAUCUAUCUAUCUUGUGCUAUCUAAUGUUGUUUAUGUCAAGCUAAGUUUAUUUCUAUCUAUGUAUCUAUCUAUGAUAAAACGAUAUAUAAAUGCCAAUGACAGUAUAUCCAAGAUAGCGUCGGAUCAUGACCACGAACGUUACUCGGAGUAUUCCCACCGUUCAGAGAAAUCAAAACGGUCUAUGGCCAGUUCGAGGCCGAAUCCCUAUCAUAUGUAA